UAUAUCCAGCCAUGGAUAUAGACGGUGCCAGUUCAGUGGUGCUGCAGGCGUUAACCCAAGCCACCAGUCAGGAAACAGCUGUGCUGAAGCCUGCCGAGGAGCAGCUCCGACAGUGGGAGACCCAGCCAGGCUUCUACUCUGUCCUUCUGAAUAUCUUCAAUAACCACAUGCUGGAUGUGAACGUCAGGUGGCUGGCUGUGCUCUACUUCAAAAACGGCAUUGACAGAUACUGGAGGAGAGUAGCGCCUCAUGCUUUAUCAGAAGAGGAGAAGACAUCACUGCGUGCUGGACUUAUCACAAACUUCAACGAGCCUGUAAAUCAGAUAGCGACCCAGAUUGCAGUACUGAUAGCCAAGGUGGCCCGUCUGGACUGCCCCAGGCAGUGGCCGGAGCUCAUUCCUAUUCUGCUCGAGUCCGUGAAGGGUCAGGAUGGCCUGCAGCAGCACCGAGCGCUGCUAACCUUCUAUCAUGUCACCAAAACCCUGGCGUCCAAACGUCUGGCUCAGGACAGGAGGCUUUUCCAGGAUCUGGCGUCGGGCAUCUACAGCUUUGCAUGUUCCCUGUGGAGCCAUCACACGGACUGCUUCCUGCAGCAGAUCUAUGCCAGAGAUGAGGCUGCAGCGCUCAGCUCACUGGAGAGGACUCUGCUCUCUCUGAAAGUGCUUCGCAAGUUGACAGUCCAUGGAUUUCAAGAGCCCCAACAGAAUAUGGAAGUGAUGGGUUUCCUGAAUGCGGUGUUUGAAAGGCUAAAACAGUUCUUGGAAUGCUGUCGACAGGUUGGCCCAGAUAGCACAUGUAGAGAAAAGCUGGAGAAGAUGAUCAUACUGUACACCAAAGUUCUGUUAGAUUUCCUGGAGUGCCAUCCCUGUGCGUUUAUACCGCUGAUCCAGCGCUCCCUCGAAUUUGCCGUCAGCUAUGUAUUCACACCUGCAGGCGAGGGAGUCACCUUCGAACGCUUCAUUGUUCAAUGCAUGAACCUGAUCAAGAUGAUUGUAAAAAACGAUGCCUACAAACCUGCCAAGAACAUCGAGGACAGUAAACCAGAGAGUUUGGAGGCUCACAAGAUCAAGACGGCAUUCUUCACACACCCCACACUGACAGAGAUCGGGCGCCGGCUCGUUUCACACUACUUCCUGCUCACAGAGGAAGAGCUGGCAAUGUGGGAGGAGGACCCUGAGAGCUUUGCUGUUGAAGAAUCAGGAGGUGACUCUUGGAAAUACAGUCUACGGCCUUGCACAGAAGUACUGUUCCUGGAUAUCUUCCACAACUACAGCCAGACACUGACACCAGUCCUGCUGGAUAUGGUUCAGAAUCUCCAGGGGCCAACCAACGUGGAAGAGCCUGUUCAGCUGCUGAUGAAGGAUGCAGUAUACAACGCCGUGGGACUGGCUGCCUAUGAGCUGUUCGACAACGUGGACUUUGACCAGUGGUUCAAGAAUCAGCUUCUUGGAGAGCUUCAAGUCAGCCAUAACAGGUACAAGUUGAUCCGCAGACGAGUCAUCUGGCUAAUAGGACAGUGGAUCUCUGUCAAGUUCAAAUCCGACCUUCGUCCUUUACUCUACGAGGUCAUCCUCAGCCUCAUGCAGGACCCUGACUUGGUGGUGCGGAUUGAGACCGCUACGACCCUGAAGCUCACUGUUGAUGACUUUGAGUUCCGGACAGAGCAGUUUCUCCCAUAUCUGGAGUCCAUCUUCGGGCUGCUCUUCCAGUUGUUGCAGCAGGUGACGCAGUGCGACACUAAAAUGCAGGUGCUCCAUGUCAUCUCCUGUGUCAUCGAGAGAGUAAACAUCCAGAUCCGUCCGUAUGUCGGCUGUCUGGUUCAGUACCUGCCGCUGCUCUGGAAGCAGUCUGAAGAACACAACAUGCUUCGCUGUGCCAUACUCACUACACUCAUCCACCUGGUACAGGGCCUGGGGGCAGAGAGUAAGAACCUGUACCCUUUCCUUCUUCCUGUCAUCCAGCUGAGUACUGAUGUAUCCCAGCCGCCGCACGUGUAUUUGCUGGAGGAUGGACUGGAGCUUUGGUUGGUGACUUUAGAGAACAGCCCAGCCAUCACCCCGGAGCUGCUUAGAAUUUUCCAGAACAUGUCAGCUUUGUUAGAGAUGAGCUCGGAGAACCUACGCACCUGCUUUCAGAUCAUGAACGCCUAUCUAUACCUGUCUGCUACCGAGUUCCUGCAGAACUAUGCAGAAUCAUUGUGCCGAUCUUUCUGCGAUCUACUGAAAGACAUCACCAAUGAAGGACAGGUCCAAGUGCUCAAGGUGGUGGAGAUAGCUUUAAAGGUUAGCCCCAUACUGGGAGCCCACAUGUUCCAGCCCCUGCUGCCAGCUGUCUUCAGAGGAAUCGUGGACGGUGAGAGAUAUCCCGUGGUGAUGUCCACCUACCUAGGAAUCAUGGGCCGCGUCCUGCUGCAGAACUCCAGUUUCUUCUCCUCUCUGCUCACUCAAAUGGCCUCUGAGUGCAGCCAGAAGAUGGACCAGUUGUUAGGCAGUGUGAUAGAGAUGUGGGUGGACCGCAUGGACAACAUCACUCAGCCUGAAAGGAGAAAGCUGUCAUCGCUCGCUCUGCUUUCCCUCCUACCAUCUGACAACAGUGUGAUCCAGGACAAAUUCUGUGGCAUCAUCAACAUCUGUGUGGAGGCGUUGCACGAUGUGAUGACAGAAGAUUCCGAAACAGGAACCUUCAAAGACUGCAUGCUGAUGAGCCAUUUUGAGGAGCCCAAGCUGAGUGAUGAUGAGGAGCCACCAACUGAGCAGGACAAGAGGAAGAAACUGUUGGCCCUGGAGGACCCGGUGCACAGCGUUUCUCUGCAGCAGUACGUCUAUGAGAAGCUGAAGGCGCAGCAGGCCCUGAUGGGGGACCAGGGCUUCGGGGCCCUGAUGGAGACGGUGGACACAGAGAUCGUCAGGCAGCUCCAAGAGUUCCUACAAGGCCUCUGAAUCACGAGGGGGGAAAAAAAUCCUUCACUACCGUUUACGAACGCCAGAUCACAUGCGCUGCCCCACAUCUUUCAAACUGUACCGGAGAGGCGUACAACCUGCCUGAUGUGCGGACCCCAUAUCCAAACCCUCCCAACCUCCUCCCAUGCUAUGCCUUAUCUAUAUUCUAGCCUUGUUGACUGUCCCUAGCUAACUCCACUCGCCCAUUUCUCUAUUAUCCUCUAUUUUUUUAAUCUACCUGUGGUCUAUGUGGGUAUUUAAAAAUGUCUUAACACCCACAUCAAAACAUCACCACACCAGAGCUUCCACUUAAUUCCUCUAGUUUCUUCUCUUUCUGUGGUUUGAAGGUAGAAUGGGACGAAUGGCGCAAAGGUAGAGACGGGCUGAGGAGUGCAACGGAGAAUUCACCUGCUGGAGCCUCGGACUAUUUUCUACAGAAACACGAACAGAUUGUAGCAGAAAUGUGGACAAAGCGUACCUAAAGGACCUAAAGCAGUGUUUACAGAAUCUAUUCUUAAAAGAGGAAAAAAAAAGAAAUUAAUUUUGUACGUAUGUAAAGUAUGGAUGAUGUUCUGCAUGACUAUGUUUGACUUUUUAGUUACUUUUUACUUUGUGUUCUUUUCUCUUCCAUUAAAACAAAAUUUUAAUUUUGCUAGAGGUCAAGCUGAAGAAAACUACUGAGAAGACUAGAAAGUGUUUGUUUUUUUCUCUUCAUAAUUUUGAUUUCAUGGGAAUUUUGUCUUGACUUUGAAAUGGUUGAUUUUUAUUGUGAGAGUGCUGAACCACAUUUCUAUGUAAAUACAUACUGCUGCUAAUUGAUGGUGUGUGAGCGCACUUAAUAACCAAAAACUGUUUCACAUUUGUUCUCAAUGGUACAUUUUCUCACAUCUUAAAACUUUAACACAGAGGGCCUUUGGGGCAGUGCUGUAGGAUAACAGGCCUGUGUCCAUUGACGGGACUCUUUACACUGGCAGCGCCCACGACCUCAGUUUCAGAGCGCUUCUCAUCGCUUAGGUCUGUUCAAAUAGCUCCAUGUGCUUAAUAUUUUCCUUUAUCAGAGGAAAUAUCUCCAAGAAAACAUGCAACAAUGUAAAUUAAUUGUGUACUGGCAUUAGCAAUAGCUCUAGACUUUGAAAUUGUAACCCCGAAAAAAGACGAGUCAAAUUGAUUUCUUCUCCACCAUUGUUGUUAAAAAAAAAAAAAAAAUGAUAUCAGAAAUCCCGCCCCUUCUUGAUUUUGAAUGGCCGGUGAGGGAGAAGUGACAAGUGCAGUGCUGUUCCAAAAGUUUAACUGUUUUCAACUGAGAGCGCAGUGACAGGAAACAGCUGACACUGAGCGCUGAAAACCUUGAACUGCACUGGUUUUGUAUUGACAAUGGGCACUGCCAACAAUAGAUAGAUAGAUAAACUUUAUUGUCUGUCCCAACAGUGACAGAAUGUUGGUGGACACAGGCCGUAAAGCAUCAAGACCCUCUUAUUAAAUUGUUACUGUAUUUUAUUUCUUAAUCUGAAUUAUACGACAAACAGCUGACUGUAAAUGUAACACACUAUUAGGGUUGUCUUUACAAUUACUUUUAUUUGAAACAAUUGGAGGAUGUCUAACCUAACUGGAUGGUUUAAAGGUUACAUUGUCAGCCAGUGUGACCCUAAUGAGUUACAGUAUGUACUCAUUUGUGAAGCUGUCCUGAUAGUUUUUUAUUUUAGUCAUAGAGUUUAAUUCAUUUGAUUUAAGAGAAGAAAAAAAGUAACCUGUAAGUUUUCUGAUAUGAAUUGAUUAUUUAGACAUUUGGCAAACCCAAAAAGUGAAGAAAAGUCAUUUUAUAAAAUAGAUAUGUGGACAUGUUUUACAUAGAAGCAAACUGAAAAUAUCCAUUGUUUGACUAUCAUGACUCAAAUAGUGAAUAACCUGAUUAACCCUGGCUCUGCCAGGCCUUUUAAAUCAUUUCUCCUGGAACUUCCUGGAUUACUGUGUUUUUAUUUUCUCUCAUUCGGUUGGUCACCCUCCCUGUGAGGAGAUAAUCCUGACACUAGCUCCUUUGACACUGUGAUAGAGUUACAUAGCAGUCAGAAUUACAGUCUUGUGCUUUCAGCCUUACCUUUCUAACUCUGAUUUCCAUUUCUUUAGCAGUUACACAGUAGAGGAUUUCCAUACCUAUAUUCUGUUUAUGAUGGUAAAUAUGAAGUUAAGAACACAUAGUAGAGAGGUGUUUUUGAGUCAUGCGUUUUGGUUUUGUUUUAAUGGGAAAUAAUCUUGAUUGCUUUUUCCAAAGCCUUCAAUAAAAUGCAGUAAUCAGCCAAAAUAACAA